AUCCGCAUUUGGGCACCACCUGAUCAAAUAAAUAAUGCUGAUUUAGCCUUAAGUAGUGCCAACGUUAUUUUAACUUAUUAUGAAGAAUAUUUUGGUAUUAACUAUCCUCUGCCAAAACAAGGUGAGUAUCUCGUAGUCAGAAAACUUGAAUUUCUUUCGGUUUGUGGGAAAAACCAGGUUUCAUGAUUGAUUUUGUCAAAGAUUUUGAUCUUAGGGCUACUCCCGAUUGAUAGAUUAAUCGAUAUGGAAAUGGCAUUUCAGAUGGUUUUUAAAUUCAGGGCGCGAAAUAAUGGCCGGUGAACGGGCGAUGUACGCCAGCUUUCCCACGCAUGAUAUAACAAUAUUGUUACAACCUUGUGUCGUUAACCUUGUAACAUUCUUGUCAUAUCAUAACUGUAUCAGACUUGUUAGAACAACUUUGCUACAAGUCUUAUAAUGCCAUCAAGCUUGUUACAAGUUGUUAACAGCUUGUUCCUAACUUGUUACAACAACUGGGAACAAGCAGUGCGAACACAACUUGUUGACAGCUUGUGAACAGAUUUGUAACAACUUGUUUGCAGACCUGGAACAACUUGUGCGUUUUUUUAUGUGUGUACAUUUGGCACUACAUAGCCGCCUACCUCAUGCACUGAGAGCAAAUUUCUGUAAACGUCGAAACAUGUUACCUAAAAGCUGUUCAAUAUCAAAAAUGCUGAACAUAUUUAUAACGUAUAUCGAAAAACCAAAUAUCGAACAACCGUUUAUUUAAGAAACUCGAUAUAAUUAUGAAAAUCUGGGCUUACAGAAUACAGAUCAAAAUUGAGCUAUUUAUAAGCAAUUUAUAUAUCUGUGCAAACAUCCAAAAAGAUUAAAACCUUUAUCUUAAGCAGAUUUUUUAAACUAACUUCCACAAUGCUGAAUAAAUUUCUUAUAUCCUGUUCCUGCUAUAGACUUGAUAGCCAUUCCUGAUUUUUCUGCUGGUGCUAUGGAGAACUGGGGACUAAUCACAUAUCGUCUGACGUCAUUACUGAGUGAUCCAAAAGAAUCAUCAACAAGCAACAAACAAUGGGUGGAGACUGUUGUUGCACAUGAACUGGCUCAUCAGGUAAUAAUAUUAGUCAGUAGAGUGUUACUCAAAGCUUUAUUUCCUUCAAUUUUUGAAAACUAUUUUACAAAU